GCAAAAGCGAGCGAAACGCCUAGGGUUUUGUGGUUACUAAGGCCAAGGAUGGGCAGCAAUCUCAAGCAGGGAGGAAGGAUCCUGGCUUGCCUAAUGUGCGCAGCUUCAUGGAAAACAGUCAGACUCAGAGACAAGCUGAACUCAGAAAACAGAGGAUGGAGGAGUAAAAAGAGAGAUGGAGGUUAACAAGAGAGAGUGAUGAUGAUGAAAAGGAGAAGUCUGGACAGGUUCCAGAAAAACAUUCAGCUACGGCAGAGAGAGUAUGAACAGAGGGAACUUCAAAUGCAGAACUUGGAGAAAAACGUCAAUUUUGAAACUGAGAACUCAAGGAAGGCGUACUGCAGAGAAUUUAAAAAGAUUUGGUGUCCAAGGACAUUGUGGAAAAAUGGAUCAAGUAUCUUUGCAACGAGUUUCCUACUGUGGCUUUUAAAACCUCCACUCAGCAGCAGAACAAGAAUUUGACGCGCAGCCGUGUACCUGUGACCAAGGCUACACAAGAGCUUCUUGGAAGCAGCGCAUGUGUCGGAGCAGAUUGUUUAAUGAAGCUUCUUGGAAACUGCUGCCGUAAGAUAUAAAAACUGCCAUAACUGUAGGGGUGGUUGGUGAGUUUUCAAAAAACAGUUUUGUUUCUUCUGUAAAUUAUAUUACAUGCCAAUUAUUCUAGAGAUGUCCCAAUUCCGACUCUUAAAAAUACUCUGAUACCAAACACCGAUACCGUCUAAAUUACGAGUGUCAUUUCGUAACAUUCAGUGCACAAAUUAAAAGCACGUUAAGUCCUAGUGUGAUUAUUAAAUGGCAAAGGCUGUGAUUUAAUAAAAGAAAAUUAUAGUCUGCAUGUGCUGCAUGCUUCAAAGUGAAUGUGUGAAGCUGGCUAGUCAUACACUGAAACAUCUCAUCACAAUCAUCUUGCGCACUCUUGUGUGCAGUAGAUGAUAGAGCAGAGCAUGCAUUUACUACACAGUGCGCAGCACGUACAGACUAUAUAUUGGUUAAAUUAAAAUGCAGUCUUUUGGAGUUAGAAAAUCAUACUAGGCCAUUUAAAGAUUUGCUUUUCCAGAGGUGUGAAGCUGUCGUCAAAAACAUACACACCAAAAAGGACUUCACUCGGUUUUCUGCCAAAAUAAAAGCUCCAUUUAAUUGGGGGGAAAAAAACACAACAGAAAUAUAUCACUAAUGUGUAGUUAUGUAAUAUCCACUUUAAUAAUUAUAAUAAAUAAAUAAUAAUUGUAUUAUAUUUAAGCAAUAUCUCUGAUCUGUAAUGCUCUUUGUACAGCACUUAAUUUGACAAAAAUAACUCCAAUUUUGGAUUGUGCUGCAUAAAAGUACUUUGUAUGAAAAAAAAUUAUGCAUUAUGUUGAAAAUUAAUUGUGCUAUUUUCAUCAGAUUAAAUUAAUAAAUUUUAUUUGUUCAGACACCCUUUUGAUGAUAAAAUGUAAUUAAACUGUCAAAUAUGAAAUUCAGAAAAAAAUUAAACCAAAAACACUUUUUUUUUAAUAAUUUUAUGCAGCUAAAAUGACUAUUUUAUUGUCUUUUGAGUAACAGUUGUUGAAACACAACAAACACGCAAUCCUCAAACCAUCAGUGUCACAGUGCUGUAUUUUAAAUAACUGCAACAUUACAAAAAAAUAUAACAAAACCGGUAGAGUCCUGAAAAGGAAGUAUCUGUACUCGGUCUCCAAAAAAUAGUAUUGGGACAUCCCCAACUAAUUCCAUAUUAUGCAAAUUGGCAACAGACACCUGUUUUUUUUUUUUUUGGAAUCAUAUUGCCACACUUGAAUGUUUCAGGUUUUCCAAAUGUGGGUUAAAGCAGUUUAAUUAACAGCUUGAAGCGUGCUUGCGCUUGUAACAUCGUAGCUACACCUGGAGUUACUAAGUAUGUGUAGAAUUUUGUUUGUAUUUUUUAUAAAGAUUUGUUUCCUUUUAUUGAUAUUGUCUGCUGCCCUUCCCUCAAAUCAAGCUGUUUUUCAGGUGUUUACAGGAAGUCCAUCUGGACAAUCACAUUAAAUGUUUAAUAGGUUACAGUACUGGUGACCUUAACAUCACAUCAGUGUUGGGGAAGCUACUUUUUAAACUGUGGUUUUCCAGGCUACAGUAUACUUAUUACUUAAAGUAGUUAAACUACAGUCAAGCUACUCUUUUAAAAAAGUAGUUAGCUACACUACAAGCUACUAGCAAAAAGUAGCUAACUGCAUUGAAGCUAUGUAACCUUUUCAACUCUGAGGCAUUUUUGGGCUGCCACCUGCAAUUUUUCACACUCAAAUAUAAAAGCUCAUCAUAUACACAUACUGUGAACUAGUUGCCAAAAAUUGGUCUAAAAAAUAAAAAAAUUAAAAAAGACUCCAUUUAUUCAUAAAUAAUACUGUAUAUAUUUACAGUCUUGUGAGUAUAAUUUUUUUACCUCUUUUUUUUUUUUCCCCUCCUAACUUUGUAAGCAUGUAAUUCUGGUUAUGUUCAUGCCAUCUCCCUCUAAAAAGUCUUAUUUUAUUCCACUAGAUAGCAGCAAGUACUAGAAAAAAUAUUUUUUCUUCUAUCACCAACACAAAAUGCCGAUCUGAAAGGUAGGUGGCGCUCUAAUGCAUUUUAAUCCUCACAGAUUUACUUGCCCAUAGAAAUUCAGUCUAAUUUACAGUUCAUGCCCCCGCCCCCCCCAAUUGAUUCAUCGAAUAUAUCGGCUUCUGAGUGAACUAGAAGCUAAAUCUAUGUGCCAUUAGAAAGCGAGAUCCUCCCCUUUGUGAUGAUGUUUAACAUUUUAUCACCAAUAGUCGAUAACAUAUAUUUCCAGUGAUAUGUUUAGCAUGCUUUUCCUGCUGGACCGCAUAUUUUGUUCUGGACAUCUUAGAUAUAACUGGAUUAUUCACACAAGCAAGCUCACAGACAAGCAAUGGCUAAUUUUUUAGAAAACUGCCUACGGUAUAAAGCAGCAGUGAUCGGUGCAUAAAAGAGACGUUUGUAUUUGAUGUCUUACAGAUAUCAUAUUUCACUUUGUGUUUCUUUUGAAAAUCUUUCUAACUGUGCUAUUAGAAAACCAUAGUUACUAUAUAUGGAUACUACAGUAUUACAGUAGUAAAACCAUGGGGUUAAUUGUAUCAAAACUAUGUUUUCCACCAAAGAACAUGGUUACUACAGUCAUGGUUACUACAAUAGGGUAACAACAUUAAAUUGAACAUAAAUGUAUAUUUAUAUACACCAAUAAACUAGAAAACAUUCUAUUUUAUAUGACAAUCGAAAUAUAGUGACAACAAACGGCAGUUAAGUAAAUAUUUCGCUUAAACAAAAAAAAAAAAAAAAAAAAGAAGGCAAUGUCCCUUUAAGGCUGUGCAGCGGCUCAAAUGAAUAAGUGAAUCAUUUAUGUGAACUAGUUCAUUGACAUGAACCGUCCAAAAGAACACACUCAGGAAAAUUAAUCGGAGUUCCCAGUGCUAAAUAUAAGGGGAAAUAUUUAUUUUAACCGGUUCAUUGAACUGUCUGAACAAACUGAUUCACUUAAAUUAUUUGCUGUGCAUUUGGUUACACCACAUUGACCUGUUGUUUUAGAUCAAUCAAAAUGUAAAAUCUAAAUUUGCUGCCUUGCAAACACUGUAACUAGCAAAGCUGUUUUUGGUUUGUCAAAAUCAAUUAAAGUCUUUGGACUGUAUUUUCAAAGUACAUUUGGAAUUCCUGUUUGAACUCUUUGUCUGUUUAAGAGGUCGCAUCAGCUACUUCACACAUCCUCCGGAGACACGCUGUCCACGCAUGUCAUUGCUGAGAUGGGCAAGGCAUUUGACUGGGAUGAAUUGGAGAAGGGCAAUCUGGAGAGUGUAGCACAUCUGAUGUGGAGAUGAGCUUCUGCAUUGCUACAUCUGGAAUGACACAAGGGGGUCAAAGAGAUGAACCAUUAGAGGAUCCUGACCUUCAAGAGACCGCUGAAUUAAUGGAUGCAGAUGAGGACCAAGAGUUAAGUUUGGACCAAUGACGGUUGAGCUCAAAGUUCCCAAGACAAAAACCAGUGGUGCGGUUGAAGCGGCAGGCCCAAAGCCAGUGGACUUAAAAGAUAUCUUGGAUGUUGACCCUCUCCUGCAAGGGCAGGCGCUCCUGGCUGCCAACAAAAAGAGAAAGAAGCAGCAAAAAAGAGCUGAUUUUUCAUUCUUCUUAUACGUGGCCCGUGGAACCUGUGUAGCCAUGUCAUCCCGAGUGUUGCUUCGGCAACAGCUGAUGCGGGAGCAGGCGCAGGAGCAGGAGAGGAGGGAGGCGCAGCAGCAGGCAUCAGUCGCUCAGCUCCGACCUACAGGCUCCACUCCAGCCAUCUCAGUCACGGUCCCACCCAUGGCUGCCCGCCCUCCUCCAGCUCAAGUACCAGUGGAAGUUCUGAAGGUGCAAACUCAUCUUGAAAACCCAACUAAAUACCACAUCCAGCAAGCUCAGAGGCAGCAGGUGAAGCAGUACUUGUCUACCACACUUGGCAAUAAAGUUGCCACACAAACUCUUGCCGUGUCCCCUGUUCUGCAGUCAAACUCUGCCCCAGAGAGGGCAACCUCUGCAAGCAGCGCUCCCAACAGCCCAAUGGCACAUCUGAACCUGGGCUCCAACAAAGAAGAGAUGGAUGAUGUUAUUGAUGACAUCAUCAGCCUUGAGUCCAGCUUUAAUGAUGAUAUCAUGUCACUGAUUGAUUCUGGGCUACAACUCCCAAACACGCUACCAGGCAACAUUUUGGAUGUCUACAACGGUCCUGGCAUGGCAACCCCCACCAUCACCAUCAGCAACUCCUGUCCGGCGGAUCUAACUAAUAUCAAAAGGGAAUUAAAUGAGGUAGAGGCCAGAACUCUCAUGAAGGAGAGGCAGAAGAAAGAUAAUCAUAAUCUCAUUGAAAGGAGGAGAAGAUUUAACAUAAAUGACAGAAUAAAGGAACUAGGGGCUCUGAUACCCAAAUCCAACGAUCCGGAGAUGCGUUUGAACAAAGGAACCAUAUUGAAGGCAUCUGUUGAUUAUAUAAGAAAACUUCAGAAAGAGCAACAGAGGGCCAAAGAGGUCGAGAUGAGACAGAAGAAACUGGAGCAAGCAAACCAGGCCUUGCUGCUUCGCAUACAGGAAUUAGAGAUGCAAGCUCAGCUUCAUGGCCUCUCUGCUUCUAUGUCCCCUGGUCUGGGCUCAGACACUUCCUUCCUUCAGCAACAGCUACAGCAGGCAAACCAGUCUUUGCAGCCCAUUGCUGGAGAAGGCCAACCUCAGACCCACCUCACCAUGGAAGGAGCCAUGGCACAGACUUCCCCAUCUCCUUUUCUCACAGUACCCCCUUCUGUUUCUCCGGCUGGUGCGGCAGUCAGCGGCCCUCUUGAUUUGGGUGCAUUUAGCUUCGCAGAGCUGGAUGACCCCACAGCCUCUGAUCUCUACCCUGAUGUGGGUCUCAGUGACAUUCUGAUGGAUGAGGGCUACACGCUGUCCACUGUCAGGUCUUCAGAUGCGCUCUUCUCUCCAGUGUCUCCUGGAGCCUCUAAAACCAGCAGCCGCAGAAGCAGCAUGAAUAUGGAAGAAGACUUGUGACUGAACUGACCAGUGUGUGUGUGUGUGUGUGUGUGUGUGUGUGUGUGUGUGUGUUUGUGUGUGUUUGUGUGUGUGUGUGUGUUUGUGUGUGUGUGUGUGUGUGUGUGUGUGUGUGUGCGGGCUCUUUUUAAUGCUCCAUGUCUCUCAGGAGUGUCCACUAUUCUAACUUAUACCCCAUUUCCACUGAAACAGUGCUGGUACCAGCAGAGUUAAUCCCUUCAACAAAAUGAUUGACGAAAAUGUUUUUUGAUUUUGAAGACGAGCCAAAAAAUUAGCAUCAUGUAGAUAAUUAAACUAUUUCUUGUGAUAAGAAAUAAACAGCACUGCAGGAUAUUACCAAUGCACUGUCAAUGUUUUUAGAAGAAGAAAUGUUUUUUUGAAAAUUGUUGAUUCAGAUGAUUUAGUCAGUCAUAGUAUUUAAGGGAUUGCCCCGCUUGAGCUGCGUGAGCAGAAAGAGCUGAACAUCGGUAAACUGAAGCUCUUAUUUACUAGCAGGUUAAAGGAAUAUUCCGGGUUAAAUACAAGUUAAGCUCAAUCGACAGUAUUUGUGGCAUAAUGUUGAUUACCACAAAAAUCAGUUUUGACUUGUCCCUCCUUUUCUUUAAAAAAAAAAUCAAAAAUCUGGGUUCCAGUGAGGCACUUACAGUUGUGGCCAAAAAUAUUGGCACCCUUGGUAAAUAUGAGCAAAGAAUGCUGUGUAAAAUACAGUAUGUCUUUAUUGUUUAUCCUUUUGAUCUUUCAUUCAAAAUAUUCACAAAAAUCUACCGUCAAAUGGAUAUCAAAUAAUUGCAAACACACAAGUUUUAUCAAAAAACAAAUAUUUUUGUCAAAUAUAUGUGUGGCACAAUUAUUGGCACCCUUUUAUUCAAUACUUGGUGCAACCUUCCUUUGCCAAGAUAACAGCUCUGAGUCUUCUCCUAUAAUUCAUAAUGAGGUUGGAGAACACAUGGCAAGGGAUCUGAGACCAUUCCUCCAUACAGAAUCUCUACAGAUCCUUCAAAUUCCAAGCUCAACGCUGGUGGACUCUCCUCUUCAGUUCACCCCACAGGUUUCUAUGGGGUUCAGGUCAGGGGACUGGGAUAGCCAUGGCAGAACCUUGAUUUUGUGGUCAGUGAACCAUUUUUGCGUUGAUUUUGAUGUUUGUUUUGGAUCAUUGUCCUGUUGGAAUAUCCAACCAGGGCCCAUUGUAAGAUUUCUGGCAGAGGCAUUCAUGUUUUGAUUUUUUAUCUGCUGGUAUUUGAUAGAGUCCAUGAUGCCAUGUAUCCGAACAAGAUGUCCAGGACCUCUGGCAGAAAAACAGCCCCACAACAUUAAAGAUCCAGCACCACAUUUAACCGUGGGCAUUGGGUACUACUUCAUCUCUGUGUGCGCCAAACCCAUCUCUGGUGUUUUGUUUUAUCUGACCAUAGAAACUGGUCCUAUUUGAAGUUCCAGUAGUGUCUGGCAAAUUGAAGAUGCUUGUUGGAUGAGAGCGGAGGCUUUUUUCUUGAAACCCUUCCAAACAACUUGUAGGUGACAUCUGAUUGUAGUUUUGGAGACUUUCUGACCCCAAGAGCCAACUAGUGUUUUUAUAUAAUCAUAAGCUAAACAUUUCUACCUUUUAAACCCGAUUUAAACCUCGAUUGUUUAAUUUUUUUUAUAAGAAAAGGAGGAACGUGUCAAAAUUAUUUUUUGUGGUAAUCAACAUCAUGCUACAAUUGCUGUCAGUUUAGCUUAACUUGUAUUGAACCCGGAAUAUUCCUUUAAACUAAGUUGCGUGCUAGUCAGAAUUAUCUCUGGUUGUUAAUAAGCCAUUGCCAUAAUGCGCUAUAUGCAAAAUCCUAAACUGUCUCUAAAACAGAGAAAUAAUAACAUAGAAAAUUUCAUUUUUCACAAGGUCUUAUACAAGAUAAUACAUGUUUAAUAAAUGUUUGUUUUAUUUUUUAUAUUUGGUAAAGGCUUCAGCUGUUACAGUUGGAUACUGUGGCUUUUUUUUUUCAUACUGCAUAUUAAUAAACUAUAACGUUUAACGUAAGGUUAUUUUUGUUAUUUACCAUGACGUGCUGUUUUAGUCAGAGUAAAAAUGAGUAAAAUGAAUGAAAAUGACAUGAAAUAUUGACUACAUUUAAAGGACAGUUUCGUUAGAAAGACUAAAAUUAUGACAAAAGCAAAAAUCUGUGUCAAAAGUUAUAUUUUUAGGAUACCGUGGUUUUAAAAACAACCCAAAACCCAAAACAAAACCAGAUGUUACAAAACUAGAUCUAACUAAAUUAUUUUAUUGAUAAAUAUCAUGUGUGAACUGAUUGCUACUACUGAUCAUUAGACCAAAGCCAGCUUGUGAUGGCUUAAAGAUGCUGAAUUAAAUUACUUUGCAAGGUAAACAAAGGCCGCAAUGCGCUAUUUUGUUCGUGGUCAGUUACGUCAUCAUUCGUCUCUUAUGUCAGUUGAAAUGCGGGCCAUUUCCAUGAGAGGUUUGUAGAUCCCCCAGCUGAGCACCGCCUCUCACCAGCAUCAUUUUGUUGGAAAAGGGGUAUGAGAUUGUCUUGUGUACAGUUAUAAGUUGCUGUCGUAUCUCCAUUUUGUCUUUGAUGUAAGGCAGGACAUUUUAACAUCUCUGUGUCGUGUCAUAUUAUACAAAUAUUAUUAGACUCUGCAUUCACAGCAAAUAAGUGCACGUGUAUAUGAUUUUGGAGUGUGGAGUGAGUAGUCACCUUAUAGUCACUUACUGUACCAAUUCUGUUUCAGAAUUGUGUUAAUAGCAUGGAGUGGAGUGAUAUUUCAAAUUGCUCAACUUUAAGCAAUAUUAUUAACCGCAUAUAUAAUUAUAUAAUAUUUUUUUAACACUGUUGGCUUCACAUUCAUUCAAGUGGUUGUGUAUUUACUACUAACUGAUUUGAAAUUCAGUUUACAUCAUUUGAUAUCUUAUUUGUUUAUUCUUAUUAUUAAUUAGAUUUCUUUUAAUGUUACAUUGAUAAACAAACAUUUGAUGGUGCAGUUCCUCAUAAAUCAUUUUGUUUGUUUUUAGACUUGAGCUGUUUAUAAGGAGACAAGCCACAUAAACCAUGUACAAAUAGCUUUUCAGGUGUACUGUUUUUUUAAAGCUACCUCUGCCUAAAGUACAUUUGGUAACAAUUUACAAUAAGGUUCCGUCCACUAACAUUAAUGCAUUAGGUAUCAUGAACUAACAAUGAACAGAUAUAUAUAUAUUACAGCAUUUAUUAAUCUUUGUUAAUGGUAGUUUAUAAAAAAUCCAAUUGUUCAUUUUUAAUUCAUGUUAGUGCAUUAACUAAUGUUAACUAAUCCACCUUUGGUUUUAAAAAUGUUACUAGGUUGAAAUUAACAUUAACAAAGAUUAAUAAAUGCUCUAAAAGUAUUGUUCAUUGUUUGUUCAUGUUAACUAAUGUACUUAACUAAUUUUAACAAAUGGAAUCUUAUUGUACAGUGUUACCGUACAUUUUAACCAGUAGAUCCAAAUUAACAUUUUGUUAGAUGCAGCAAAAUACACGUCACUGCAAAUGUAAAUGUUCUGUAAAUCUACCUACACAUCUCUGUUGGUAGGAAUAAUGUUAAGCAAUCUGCCAGUCAAAGCCAAAUUAAUUUUCUCUCUUAUUAAAUAGUGUAAUGACACUCUCAUAACUGUGCCUUUAGCAUUAAGGGGAAAAACAUCAUUUGUUUGGUUUGUAAAUAUUAGAAAAAGAAAAAAGAAUGCAGAUGGGUCUCCAAAGUUCCUCGGUUGUUUUCUGUGAAUUCUACAGCAAUUGAAUGUAUAAUAUAUAACUUUUAAAAUAUGCCAUAUUUUUCUGAAUGUCUGAAGAACAGAAAAAGUGUUUCAAAGUUAUGUGAAAUCACACAGCAAUAAUAUAUAUAUUUUUUGACAUAAUUGCUGACAAUAAAUAUAUGUCCUUUGAUACACACUACCGGUCAAAAGUUUUGAAACACUUGACCGAAAUGUUUCUCAUGAUCUUAAAAAUCUUUUGAUCUGAAGGCGUAUGCUUAAAUGUUUGAAAUUAGUUUUGUAGACAAAAAUAUAAUUGUGCCACCAUAUUAAUUUAUUUCAUUACAAAAUUAAAAUGUAAUAAUAAAAAAUAAUAUUUUUUGAAAUUGAUGACUUUGACCAAAUAAUAAAGAAAAGCAGCCAAUAAGUGCCCAGCAUAGAUGGGAACUCCUUCAAUACUGUUUAAAAAGCAUCCCAGGGUGAUACCUCAAGAAGUUGGUUGAGAAAAUGUCAAGAGUACAUGUCUGCAAAUUCUAGACAAAAUGUGGCCACUUUGAAGAUGCUAAAAUAUAACACCGUUUUGAUUUAUUUUGGAUUUUGUUUAGUCACAACAUAAUUCCCAUAGUUCCAUUUAUGUUAUUCCAUAGUUUUGAUGACUUUACUAUUAUUCUAAAAUGUGAAGAAAAAAAAUUAUAAUAAAGAAUAAGUGUUUCAAAACUUUUGUAGUAUAUAUCAAUAAUUGUAUCUCGGGACAUAUUUCCACUAAUUAAAACUAAAUUGCCAGCCCCUCUUUUGCUACUGUUGUUUUUUAUUACCAUCUUUAUUAUCUGGACUGAUUUAAAUGUGGAUUGUUUUGUUCUUGAUUUGUAUUCUGAUAAAGAUUUUUCAACUUAUAAUAGAGAGAAACUGUAUUUUUAGUAGGAUUUGUCCCCUGUGUGUUGGUGGCCUUUAAUUGGCUAAAAUAAACUGAUGAGAAAAGAGA